UAGAGGCGGGGUUUGACCUAGUCUGAAAACAUCACUAAUCCAGUAUUUCAGGUGCCUAGAGUUGCUCACGGCUCACUACCGCCGCUCAUCAACAAAUACUACUGAGUCACACAACCAAAAAAAGCCGGAAUACAGCGAGUGAAGGCGACAGUCACUGGCGUAAACUGGAAAUACCAAGCAAGAAAGAAGACGCUAAGAAGUGCCGUAUCAUAAUAGGACAAGAGCUUUUAACCAGCGGUUUAUUAUUUUGAGUGGAUUUCGUUUGAUACAUUUCACGCAAUAAAGCGCAGCUAAUGCUCCACUUAGGGUAAAUGUAGCUACAACACUUCCUCUAAGAAACUCAGUUUUUUCGGGACAAGAAUUUUAAAGCGAAAGCUUGUCAAUCAAGAAGUUCCAUUUCACUGCUCUGUCGCGAAGCAAGCGAAAACCCUGGACUAUCCUGCUGUUUGCACUUUGGCAUGGUUGGGCCCCUCUGAUAUCCAAUGUUGAGAUCUGCCGCUCCAGAGCUUCCCUAUGGAUGAACAGAGGAAUCACUCCCAUUGAUGCUACCAUGGACACCAGAGCAAUGCAGGGCAGCAGCAUCAGCACAGCAGUCCCGCAGCCUCUUCCCAGUGCGUGCUGAAGAGGGAGAAUGAUCAUCAAGGCAAUUGCCUCACCAGCGACACAGCCGUGCUUCAGAGCCCUUGGAUUACUACUCAGCACUCUGAGGUUUUGGUUUGGGUAUAAAAGACAUCCCUGCCAGUGAUUUUUUUUUUUUUUUUUUUAUUUGUGGCAUUUAAUUUGAGCCACUCCCUCAGACAUUUCCAAGGGGGAAUGUUGGAAUCGCUUCCCUCUUGAGUUGGCGCAAAGAGACCAGACGCUGAUGUGCAGAGAGACAGCUGCUAGUGGAAUAACGAAACCUCCACGGGCUGAGGUUCCUCAAGGCUCUGGCAUCUCCGUCCACCUGCCUCCCCGAGUGACUCUUUUUCCCCCCACAUAAGGUGAACCUUCAAUCCAAUGGCAUGGGUCAAGUUCUUCAAGAAGCCAGGGGGCAAUCUUGGGAAGUCCUACCAGCCGGGGAGCAUGCUGUCCCUGGCUCCCACCAAGGGUUUGCUGAAUGAGCCAGGCCAGAACAGCUGCUUCCUCAACAGCGCUGUGCAGGUGCUGUGGCAGCUGGAUAUCUUUAGGCGGAGUCUGAGGCAGCUUCCUGGCCACUUCUGCCUGGGGGAGGCGUGUAUCUUCUGUGCGCUGAAGAGCAUCUUCACCCAGUUCCAGCACAGCAGAGAGCGUGCCCUGCCUUCAGACAACCUGCGCCACGCCCUGGCUGAGACCUUCAAGGAUGAGCAACGGUUCCAGCUGGGCUUUAUGGACGACGCAGCCGAGUGCUUUGAGAACAUUCUGGAGAGGAUUCACCUACACACGGUACCUGACAUAGAGACGGAUGCCUGCACGUCCAAGUCCUGCAUCACCCACCAGAAGUUUGCAAUGACUCUUUAUGAGCAGUCUGUGUGCCGUAGCUGCGGGGCCUCCUCUGACCCUCUGCCUUUCACAGAGUUAGUGCAUUAUGUCUCCACCACGGCCCUCUGCCAACAGGUGGACCGCGUGUUUGAAAGGAACGAGAGACUCAGGGCUGACAUGUUUGGGGAACUGCUGCAGGCAGCGAGCACCAGUGGGGACCUCAGAAAUUGCCCGAGUAACUGCGGACAGAGGAUCAAGAUCCGGCGUGUGCUCAUGAACUCCCCGGAGAUCGUCACCAUCGGCUUUGUGUGGGACGCCGAGCAGUCCGACCUCACCGAGGAUGUCAUCCGGUGUCUGGGUCCACACCUCAAUCUCUCUGGGCUGUUCUACCGGGUCACUGACGAACAGGCCAAAAAGAGCGAGCUGCUCCUGGUGGGGAUGAUCUGCUACUCCAGCAGACACUACUGUGCCUUCGCUUACCACACCAAAUCCUCCAAAUGGGUGUUCUUUGACGACGCCACUGUGAAAGAGAUUGGAUCUAAAUGGAAAGACGUGGUCUAUAAAUGCAUCCGGGGCCAUUUCCAGCCACUCCUCCUUUUUUACUCAAACCCUGACGGAGGGGCCGUCUCCACUGAAGACGCCCCCAGACAGACUACCAUGUGCCCCCACUACAAGUCGCCAGUCAAUGGAGAGUUUGCAGUGCAUGAAGUUCCGGCUCCUGGCACCAAGAAGCUGGAGCUGACCAGGGAGAAUGUGUCUGCGCUGCUGUCCAGCCAAAGCAGCUUCAAGCAGACGCAGCAGGCGCCUUCCAGCUCGGCCUUCAGCAGGGGGAACGGGCAGACCAGCGGUGGACGGGGGCCAGUGAAAAUCAUCCCCAGCGACCCAAAGGGCAGAUUCCGGGAGAUCUCCAGGGAGUGCGCGCAGAGGGCGGGGGAGGUACGAAUGCACCUGUCCAAAAAGGAGUCGGACAGAGGGCAGCGAAAACAAGACACCUUACGGCACAGAGAUACGUUUCCAGAGAAGAUGUACUCUCGAUCAGCCUCGCCCCCAGAGAACGGCUUCAAGCAGUACACGGAGCAAAGGUUGUACAGCAGUCAAGGGAAAGGGCCGUCCCAGACUGAGAGGGUCCCCCACCAGAACAGGGUGUCCCAGGAGCAGCGACCACCCUCCAGAGUGCAGGUGCUGCCGAGCGCCCACGGUCGAAGGUUCGAGCACUCCAACGGCUACGACACAGACAGCAGCCAGGACUCGCGGGAGAGGAGCCGUGGCAGGAGCAAGCCCUGGAAGCCCAUGCGGGAGACGCUGAACGUGGACAGCGUGCUGAGCGGGCUGGAUCACCAGCCGCACAGCCCCCGCCGCAGGCCUCCCAACCAGGAGAGGGCACCCUUUGAACGCGAGCACCCCUGGGCCAGGGACGAGCGCAAGCAGAAAAGCCUGAUGACCAUCUAUGAAGACGAGCAGAAGCAGGAGACUGGGAGCCGCAGCUCGUUAGAGUCUGACGGCAGGGGUAAUGCGGACAAAGACAGGACUAAGGGCGGGGCCAGCCUCAUGGUCCACAGUGACAACUGGAAGAUCCAGCGCACAGAAUCCGGGUACGAAAGCAGCGACAGGCUCAGCAACGGCUCCACCAAUCUCGACUCUCCUGUAGUGGAGAACUUCGCUGCCAAAGAGUUGAGACCCAUACCAGAAGUACAGCCGUCAAGGCACCAGCUCCAUCACAACAGAAUCGAUGACUCGAAGACAGACCUCUCGCACUCACCAGUUUCCUAUGUCCCGCCACAAGUGAAAUCUCAAGAUGGUCACGAUGCCCACCCCCUCAAAUCUAGUCCAAGUUUACAAAGAAGAAAGGCUUUCAAAUACACCCCUGGGAGUUUAGAAGGGAUGGAUGGUGUCGAUGGGAACCCCAUGUUGCUGGAGGUGAAGCACCAGGAGGUGAAUGAGAGGGGUCACCGCAAUGGCGGCCUGGCCUUGCAGUACCUGAAUAAGACCAGCAGCUCUGAGUGGAACAGCUCUGACGAUCUGGCCAGCCCCUUCUCUGAGCUGGAGGACAGCAACAGCAGCAGUAGGACUGCCCGCGAACCGUCACAGCCUGUGUACCAGAACCUGGCACCACCACUACCUCCCAAAAGAUAUGCACAAAGACCAGCUGCGCACGCCGCCCACAACCCCCGGCCGCCACCCAAAGCUGCCACGCCCCUCCCUGGCCUCUCACCAACAGUCCUGCAAAAGAGGUCUGCGCUCUUCGGGGAGCAGAAGCCCUCCUCGGACACCAGCUCCAAAUCGGGCUCCUCCGACCAGGAGAGGAACGACCUGUCCGCCAGCGAGAGCGAGGAGAGGUUUCCUAACUCCAGAUCCAGCGUAGUGACCACAGCGGCGGGCGGCAGAGUCAUGCCAACCACCUACUUCUCUGUAGAUAACUGCAUGACAGACACCUACAGGCUCAAGUACCACCACCAGCGACCGCAUCUGUACUCCUCUGCCGAUUCCAGAGGGGGCGAGCAGACCUCCUCUGGGGAGAGCGAACUCGGGGACACCAGCCACCCGGGUUCUGGGGAGGUCCUUUCCUCAGAAAUCCCCAAAAACAGGGCUGAGACAGGUCAUUCGACCAGUAAACCUAUUGCAAAAUGGCGUCCGGUGGCUCCCAAAAUGUUGGAUGAACAUGGCUUUCUGUGAAUGGACUUCCCGUCCAUAGAAUGGGAUGGGAGAUGGAAAAUCAGACGUCAACCUGGAUGCCAAAUCGGAUCCACACUUGAAGCUGAUUGAUCCCACAAGCUAACUGAUGUCAGUGCUAAAAACCCUCAAGGCAGCAUCAUAUGCUACCUGCAUCUUUGCAUUUUUAAUAUGGACCACUAGAUGGCAGUCUAUAUCUUUGUACAUUUGCACAACGGCCAAAAAUGGGACGAUCCAUAUACAAGAUAAUUUUAACUAUUGUUGUUUGUGUCUUAUUCUGUUUUAGUAAAUUAACAAUCAUGGGCUUGGAUUACUCUAGAAUAUGUCUUUUCAUUUUAACCAUGUUGUGAUAAAGGAACGAGCUGACUUUCUGUAAAAAUACAAAUGUGAGUCCAUUAACACCAAUUUUACCUACUUAAGAACAGUUCAAGGUGUAUUUGUGUUCCUGUAUUUGGACGGUAUGCUCUUCUGCUACUUUACUCUACUAAUUCAGUACGACAAUAGUCAGGGGACACUCUGAUGUGUCUUUUUGUGUACCAAACGUGAUAUUCUUCUGCCUUUCACAAAAGAGAUGAAAGAGAUGAAAAUCACUAUUGACCCUUUUCACCAUGGUAACCUUGAUCAUCAUAUAUUGAAUUCUGGUGCAGUCAAAGCCUAGUGUUUUCUGUGAUAUUCUUUUCUCUGAAAGACAUCAAAAUGAAGUAGUGGAAGGGCUGACUGUGCCUUGGAAGGAGCUUGAUGACAAAGGCUAACUGCUGUAAGGCUGGGUGACAUGAGAGUGUUUGUGUUUAGGUUAUGAAAGUAAAGAAUCGAGAUCUUUUAAAUACGUACUAUUAAAUAAGUGUAAUGAGAUCCUACCAGCUCUCUUGAACAGCCUGAGACAGAGAGAAGAGAAUUUACGUGUUAAUUUAUGUUACCUUUCUUGUGUAUCUCCUAUUCCCAGCUGCCUUUUGAAUUCUGCAUGAAACAGCAACUCUUGUUCUUGGUCACAUUUUUUUUUGUUUUGUGUGUUUCUUUUUGUAAAAAAAAAAAAAAAAAAAAAAAAAAAAAGUUCAGGUUCCCACUCACCUGCUUACACCGUAUGCAGAUCCUUCCAAACAGGAAAUAUGUUACAUGUUGAUUCUAUCACCCACCAAGCUGGAUGCAUAGUUUACUUAUUUUGCUCACAUACUUGCACAGAUUUCCUUGACUUCUCGUAUGUUUUCUAUGUAAAAUACAAACCUUAUAUACUUUGUUUUGGUGCCAGUAUGUGUAGAGAGCCAGGGACAGCUUCAAUGUCUUAAAUCGGAGGGAAAAUGAAUUGUUUGCCUGCUUUUUCUGCAGACUAACAGCUUUUGUCACCUGAGGUUAUCAGCACAUUGCGUAAAAUUUAUCUGGAAUAUUUUUAGCAAGAUCUUGUUCUUAAUAAGAAGUUUUAUAUAUUGAUCAGCAGAUG